AUGAAAAACCGAGAGGGACUCAAACUAUUCACUUACAUUAUUUUACUUGUCAUUAUAAAAGAUAAUGUUGACGCUCAUAUUGGUUGUUACGUCUGCGACGAAUGCGCGAACCCUUUCAGCUCUCAAGUGACAGGAGUAUCGUUAAAUACAGAGUGCCGUUUUUGUAAGACUACACUUACUUAUAGUAAGAAUAUGGUGACAAUAAAUAUUGCAAAAUCAUGUGGUCAAAUGAAUGAAACUUGUGUAAAUAGAUACAUUGCUUGGUAUAAUACAACAACGGAAGAAAAUUGUUGUAUUACUGACUUAUGCAAUGCAUCUAAUGUUCAGUUGUCAAAGUCAAUAGUUGGUCUUUUCAUAUCUGGUUUAAUUAUCUUAUUAACUUGUUAAGUGUUAUAACACUACUCAAAUUAAGCACACUUUUAAAGGAUACAUACUACCAAUCAACAACUGUCAAAGAUAAACAUAACUUUUGAAUAAAACAAUGUAAUCAUUUAAAUGAAGUAGUAUUCCACUUGUUUACUUUAUUGAUGUUGUUUUUUUUCAUUAUUUUUUAAUGAGCUACAUUCAUCUUAUCAUCCGCACACCAUUGUUUGCACACGAGUUACUUUGUAUUGAUUUUUUAUGUGCUUAAAUCUCACCAAUGUAGUAAGAUGACCUAUUGAUUAAUCCACCUGACCAUGAAUUAUGAGCUAAUUAUGAUGAGAAUUGUUUAUAAUAGGUGACCUACAGAUAGAUUUUGUUUUUCAAAUAAAGAAGUCAAGUGCCAUUAUCUGUAAAGUUAUUUUGGCGAGAUUAUAAUUUAUGGACGAACCAAUCAGAUUUAAGAUAGCAGGUCUUCGAUUUUGGUGCGAGAUUCAUCCACUCAUUUGGCCAAAUACCAUUAUAGCUUAUGUCAGUUCGUGAUGAAAACAUUAAAUAUAAUUUCUAAUCCUAACGUUCAACUGUAAAUCCUAAUCAUAGUUCCUCACACUAAUUUAUAGCUCUGGUAAGUAGAUGGACAUUUUCAAAGUCAUUUUAGCGUUGCUCAGAGGUCGUUCAUAAAUUAUAGUCUCACCGUUGUUUUGUUUGCUACAUGAAAAGUAGUUACUUAAUUUAAUGAAAUAAUUCCUUCUCAAGAUUUUUGAAUGCAUUGCGAAAUUC